UGUAACCCGAGAGCCUGAAAAAGAACGACAGAUCGUUUAAUUGUCACGACCAAACGCAGAAGCAAGAGAGAAUCUGAGAUCUGCGCCCGUAGUGGUUGUGUUUGAUCUGCUUCUAAGCUGACCUUUGCUAAUCUCUAAUGGCGAAGGAUUUGAAGUUAAGCUCUCAAACAAGGCUAUUGCUCCUACCGUUCGCCCUUUCCCUUUUCUGCUUUGCGAGUCGCCUUCUACCUCGAGCAGAUGCCAUAUGGUUAAACAUUCCCAGCUCCGGAACCAAGUGCGUUUCUGAGGAAAUCCAGUCCAACGUCGUCGUGUUGGCCGAUUACGUUGUGGUGGCCGAUCAUGCUGAAGUUCAUCGCCUUCCCACCAUUUCAGUCAAGGUAACAUCUCCUUAUGGAAACAAUCUUCACCACAAUGAAAACGUGACCCAUGGUCAAUUUGCAUUUACAACUACGGAGAGUGGGAACUACUUGGCUUGUUUUUGGGUGGAUGGUCAACACCAAGAAGGUGCAAGUACAAGUCUUAAUCUUGAAUGGAAAACUGGAAUUUCUGCCAAGAAUUGGGAGACAGUUGCGAGGAAGGAAAAGAUUGAGGGUGUUGAACUUGAGCUGAGGAAACUUGAAGGGGCAGUGGAAGCCAUCCAUGAGAAUCUGAUUUAUUUGAAGAAUAGGGAAGCAGAGAUGAGGGAAGUCAGUGAAAAAACUAAUGGUAGAGUGGCUUGGUUAAGCAUCAUGUCUCUUGGAGUUUGCAUUUUGGUUUCAGUUUUUCAGCUCUGGUAUCUGAAGCGCUACUUUCAGAAGAAGAAGCUCAUAUAGAUACUGUUUUCUCGUGACGCUUGUUGACACAAAACUGUUCUCUCAAUUUUUGAAAAAUCUAGGAUUAGAUGAUAUGCUUGAAGUAUCUACUGGGCGUGUACGUUUUAUUCAAAAAAUGUAGGAUUGAAGAUUCUUGUUACUUUCAUAUGGCUGAACGGAAUGACGUUAGAUUUUGAUGAUGAGUAUAGAUUGAUUGAUCAGGUCAUCAGAAUUCAGAAAUAUAGUGAAAUAAACCAACUAUUGAAUUGUGGGGUUGGCA